AUGUCGGCUUCGUUUGAUGAUGGUGGGGAGCAGCUAAGCAAACAUUUGAGAGUUUUUUAUAAAAAGAUAUUCCCCUGCGAACUUUUUGCCCGUUGGCUCGCCUACGAUUCCAAAAAUACGGCGGAUACGCUUUCGCGUAGAGAGUUUAGUUUUUCACUCGCUGGCGAUGUUUAUAUUCGCUACCAAAGCUUCAACGACGCUAUAUCCUUAAGAAAGGAGUUGGUCAAGGCCUGUCCACAUAAAAUUGACAUAGGCGCAGUGUACAGUGCCUCGCCAGCGCUUCAACGAUCCCUAUCCGCGUCUUCUUUCAAGGUACUGCCAUUCUUUUUCGCGAUGGUUUACAACAAAUACAAUAAACUAACAAACUCCUUCGAACUUAUUGACCGUCGGUCAGCAAUGUCUGAAACUAACGGCAAAGUGUCUUUUUAA